AUGCAUCACUUAAUCUCCAUCAUCUCUGCCCGUUGUGUGAACAAAAGACGCCUGUUCUACAUCUUACUCGGUCUCGUCCUAACUGUCGUAGUGUUAUACAACCGAGGGAAUUCGCCCAAACCCAAGCGUGUUUCCAUUUAUCCAUUUUUUGUAAAACCUCAUUUUAAUGAGAAUCAGUGGGAUCAGUUGCCCGAUUUGCGGAAAAUCAGUUGGCCAAAAUCUCCGUGCGCAUCGAUUCCCACCGGUAGCCGGUUCGGACCGUAUCAUGUGGUUCGAUUGCCAAAACCAUUGGAUCCGGUGAUGAGUUGCGGUCAACGAAAUGUGUCCAAACAAUUACUUAAAAUUUUCACCAAUUUGAUGUUUGCCAACGGUUUCGGUGAUCGAUUCAUGCUGAACGGUGGGACUCUGGUCGGCUCAUAUCAGCACCAUGAUCUAGUACCGUGGGAUGAUGAUAUGGACGUUCUGGUUGACAUGACUGUUCGUCCCCAAGUAUUGCAAUUGUUACGCACAUUAGAACCGGAGUUUAUAAUAAACACGAAUUCUCAACAUGACAAGUUUUACACAAAAAUCAUGAACUCUUCUCAACUCGAUUUGGAUCUCCCACUUAGUCGUAUCACCUCGAAUUUCACCUGGGCUUGGCCGUAUCUGGAUAUUGGAUAUUUUGAGAGUAACAGUACCCAUUUCUGGGAUGUUUCAAACAUUAAAAAACCGGAUAAAAUUCUGAUAAAAAGUUUGGUAUUUCCUCUCCUUUUUCGACCACUUGGCACUGACUGGUACCCUACUCCAUUUAAUGCAUUGGGUUAUAUGACUCAAAUCUAUGGUUCCAAACGUGGUUGUGCCGUGUUCGGUUACUCUCACGUACUUGAAGGUCGUCAACCUCGUGGACGUGCAUACUGUUGGUCUCUGACCAGACGGUACGCAUUUGUAAAGCAUCUAUUGGCCCGUCCCAAUCAAUACGUGCUCUCAGAACCCCAGUGGAGACGUCAAGUCACAGUUGGACUGGAAAUGCUAUUCUACAGUACCCUAUACGGUCCAAAGAUUUUACACACUCUUCCAAUUCCGACAGUUCUGGAUGCCACUUCGACAAAUACACAGUUAUUUUCCUACAUUUAUAUAUAA